AUGACGGAAGCUUCUCUAACACGGUCAUCUGCGGGCAACAACAUUGCACAAGGAAAACCAGUACAACAAAGUAGCGUGGCCUAUAAGCAUGGUGCCCAGCUUGCUAUAGAUGGCAAGACGAACGGCAUAGAACCAUGCAGCCAAACGAAUUACAUGAAGGAUCCGUGGUGGAUUGUUGACUUGGGAGUCGCUCACAAAAUUGAUUUAGUUACUGUAUAUCUUGACGGAAGCUAUGAAUUUUCAAAAGAUUACAAAGUGUUCGCUUUCCGUGCCACAUAUUUAAACACCAACUCCGAGUGUUCAGGAGUAUCAGAAAAGGCGAGAGGGAGCAUCUAUUCUGUAAAAUGUGCUGCAAUCGCUCGUUAUGUUAUGAUCCAGCGUGUAUCAGAUUUUUCAAGUUAUCUCCACAUUUGUGAAGUUCAAGUUACUGGUAUAGCAGUUGGAAAUGCAAAUCAAGGGAAAUACUGCAAAUCUACUCGUACGAAGAUGAUACAGUCAUUCACCUCUUGUACUGUCAGAUCUCAACUGGAAUGUGCUAUAUUUUGUCACAGUCGAAAUUUCUGCAGCACUUUUAGCAUCAGACCUUCGAAGUAUGGAAAAUUUCAAUGUAUCCUGUAUAAAGUACCCGCUUCAAACAACAGACUUGACAAAGCUGAAAAAGAACUGAUCUAUAAUGAAUGUUAA